GCUGAGCCGUUACGGGCCGAGGGGGAUGGUCUCCACACGGGCGUCAGGUGCGGCGGCCGCAAACAUGGCUGAGCCCCUCGCCGCCAGGCGGAUGCAAUUGCAAGCUCAGUGUCCUCUCGUUUAAGUACUACGAGGGCAGCCGGUCAUAACAAGUACCGCAAGGUUUCAUAAGAAGUCAGCUGGCCAAAUGUGCACACAUGGAGUGCUUUGAGAUAGUAAAGAUUAUGGCUACUAACGGUCGGUGAAAAACGAAUGCAUCAAGCUGGUUGUCCAUCCAGAGUGAGCCGUUCACCAGACAGCUGUAAAGGGCCCGUGCGUGGCCGACGCUGAGAGGGUUUCACCCUGCAAACCGUUUCUUCUGCCUUGACGCUGGACCGGUAUGGGUUCCGAGCCGUUGGGUGAAACUGUAUCGAUCCGCGUCGGGAUCUCGCUAAUAAUCAUCUCAGUCGCGCUGACAAUGGAUGAAACACUCAUCGACACAACAAGACAGCAACAAAAUAUGUGGGUAACAUGGGCAAAUAGAACCAAUACCAGUGCCUUUUGUUUGUCAAUGGCGUCCGUGACUGAUCCUUUUCGUACCUGCUUGAUUGGUAUCCCUUCUCUGGAGCCGAAAAGAUUUUUGGGAUAUCUAAACAAUAGCUCAUUAGCUAAUCAAACCAUAUUGCGACAGGAGGGAGAAAAGCUUAGUACUUCUGAUGACUGGUGUCACAGAAAUCACACGGCCUGCCAGCAGCCCAGGGUUAACAAGCAGGUGUAGUGUGGAGACUGUGUCAAAGGUAAUAUUGCCAACCGGACACAAGCCUGGAUGUCUGUGUUAUUAAUUCAGCACUUAAAACGUUACCAUGGGAUCCACAGGAAUUGCAGCUAGCAGGAUCCAUAAAUGGAACUAAAGAUGGUUUGUGCUUUGGCUUUAGCACUAAUAUAAUUGAUACCCCGGUUAGAAUGAGGUGUGUAAGCUCUGAGAGCGGUGUGCAAUCCCAGGCACUUGAGGUAUGGACCGAUGUAUCUGGGUCGGACAUAUAUGGGAUACGAGACGCCUCCGAGACCCGAGCAUGGUGUGGGAGAGCUGUGGGGCUCGAAGAGUCUGGUCGACAUGAACUAUUCACAAACAUGCCGCUAGCUUUGCCUAAAGGAGUCUUUUUGAUUUGUGGUGAUCGUGCCUGGCAGGGCAUCCCAAAAGCUCCGCUUGGGGGACCGUGUUAUUUAGGAAGACUUAGUCUACUAGCAACCACUGUAGAACUUUUCAAAAAACAAAAUAGAACUCGAACUGAACGAGAAUUACACACUUUGUCAUCAACAUGUGAUGAUUCAGUAUCACUUAUAGGGAAGGCUGAAAAUCUAUUGGCCAGCAUAUUUUGUCCUAGCUGUGCAUCUACAAUUGCUAACGCAAAUCUGCAAAAAUUGGCAUGCUGGGCUGCAAAACAAGCUAACCUCACCUCAGAAAUCUUAACCGACCUAAUGAAAGAUGUUGAUAGUAAUUGUAAAGGUAUUUUACAAAAUCGCGCGGCUAUAGAUUUUCUUUUGUUAGCAAAUGGACAUGGUUGUAAUGAUUUUGAUGGAAUGUGUUGUUUUAAUUUAUCUGAUCAUUCGAAAUUGAUACAUGCAAGGAUCCAAGAGCUACGAGAGAAUGUUGACAAGAUUCGGAUUGAGGCCGGACUAGACGAUUGGCUGAAGAACUUGGAAAUUAGUGGGUGGUUAAAACCGCUGAUAUAUAGCUUAUUGCAACUGUUAUUAACCCUUGUAGUUCUUUUGUGUAUUAUUUGUGGAAUCUUUGCUUGUGGGAAGAACUUGAUGGCAAAAACAAUAUCCAAAAUCUGGUUAGUACAACAGUCGCCUACAUCGAACGACAUCAUCAAUGCAUUCAUGAUGGAAAAUGGACAUGUAUAUGAGGACGGGGCGUAAGUGCCUCUGCUCAAAAAACAAAAAUGGAGAUUUGUGGAUAAGCCGGUAACGGAGGUGAGCAGAGGCCACAGAUCAAUGGGCAGAACUAUUGCUUGAAGCAGAGCUUAGGCCUUUUGGCAACUAUAGGGUUAUUUAGCAAGAGCAGCUAAGGCUAUGCAUACGGAAAUGCGAGCAGAAGCCACAGAGACUUAGCAAGAGCAGCUAAAGCUAUGUAUAAGGAACUAACACUAUGUAUAAGGAAGUAAAACUAUGUGUAAAGAAGUAACGGUUAUGUUAGGACUUUCCACUGAGAGGAAAAAUAGGAUGUGGAACCACAAAAGCAGAAGGUCUUAAGGAUGGUGACAGGAAUGCAAUAUUUAGCAAGUAAACUGCAACAUUUAGCAAGUAAGCAUGUUGGACUUUUAGGGAGGACCAAUGAAAUCAUUGUAUCUGGGUGUAUGACGCACAGCUAACAGAGCAAUGUAACUAUAUAAUCAGAUGUAUCAACAAUAAACUUGGGCAAUCGCUUGAUUACA